GUUGCGGAGGCGGUCAUUGAGAUGGUGUGAUGAAUGGUUGCCGCGCAUGCGCCCGGAGCCCGCCUCUGGCGAUAUAAGCACGCCGCCCGGCGCCAUGCCUUCAGAACUUUGUCGCGCCCAAACGUUCCGCGAACGGGAAACGCUGGCACCCGCGGCUACUUUCCAAUUUUUAAAGUGUGUGUAAGUUGCGUAGUGUUUAGCCGGAACUUUCAUUUUGCGUUCUCGCUUUUACCGGGUACCAGGCUCGCUUCGGCCAGGAUGUGGUGGGCGAUCUGGUGUGCAGCGGUGGUGGCGGGCAGCGCGUGCGCCGAGGCCGCGCCGUCUCCCAACGCUCUAGCGUCGGCCAUGGACUGGGAACAACUGGACUCCUCUUCACCCGAAGAUGAAAGUUUGGGAUACGCUGCACCGUCGAUGGGAGGAAGAAACUACGCGGGCAGCGCCCCCUGGCUGUACCUGCUUACUGAAGUUCCUCGUGAUUCACAGAGAUACGCAGAAAUCCACGAAGGGCGCGCGAGACCGAAGCGCAAGAUGCCUUCGCUGUCAAUCAACAAUCCGAUGGAGGUGCUUCGUCAACGGCUGCUGCUCGAGGUAGCCCGCAAACAGAUGCGUGAGGCGAACCAGCGGCAGGCGGUCGCCAACAGAGUCUUCCUGCAGAAUGUUGGCAAACGAGGUUUUUGGGAAAAUACGGUUCCAUCUCGCUACGACAACUAAGGAGUGAAGAGAAAGUUUUGUUUUGUAUCACCGCAAAUCGACUCCACUACAACCACAACAAUCUGCUAUACCCAAACCAACCAAAUAAACUUUAAAACUUUAAGUAAGCCAUGGUACAUCAUUCCAUUAUUAUUAACCCCAGUAAUUUUGAGUCAUGAAUACACUUUACACAAGUACUAAAAAUUACUCGCUAGGCCAAAUAUCAAUGAAAUUCUACGUAGUCUUUAAAACGCAGGAAGUAAAGGAAGGCACUCAGCGACAAGACAGCAUCUUCGUUAAAACAUUUUUACUGCAACACACCUUUUGAAAUAGGUACCUACUAAAUAGAAUUAACUGUAUUCACCGUUCUUAUUUCUACUCGUUAUAAAUCUUAGGUACUAUUUUCCUUAUAAAUUUUAUAUUUUUUUAACAAAGAGAUGGAUGUGAAUACCAGCUAAGUAAUCACUGGUUUGGCAUAGUCUCAUUUACAUACCUUUUAACCGACUUCAAAAAAUGGAGUAGGUUCUCAAUUCGUUAGAAUCUUUUUUUAUAAUAUUUCCGAAGGUAAGUAGUAAACUUAAAAAAAUUAACUGAAUUCAGUCCUUAUUUUGACUCGUUUAAAAAGUCACUUACCUUAAAAAAAAUCAUUUUAUAUUUUUCUAAGAAAGCGAUGGAUGGAUGUGAAUGCUACCAGCUCAGUAUUCACUGGUUUCGCAUAGUCUCAUUUACAUUCUUGUUAAUAAUCCUGAAGGUACCUACUUAAAAGAAUUGUCUGAAUUUACCGUCCUUAUUUGUACUCAUUAUAAAAUAUAUAGUCUACUUAUUAAAAUUUUCAUUUUAUGUUAUUUUAAUAAAGCGAUGGAUGUGAAUGCUACCAGCUCAGUAUUCACUGAUAUAGUCUAUUCUCAUUUACCUACUUGUUAAUAUUUCUGAUUUUAUCGCCGUAGUAAAAGUUAAAGUGGUUAAGUGUAAAUUUUUUGUGCCAAAUGACUUAACUAAUGUAACAAAUAUCGAUAAGAGGUUCUAUUGUAUUUUACUUACUUACAUAUAUUUUAGUAACAAUGUAAUUGUCUAAAUAAACUCACUAUCCUCUUCCUACAAUGUUCAGUUUUAUGUUAAUUAUAGAUAUGUACAGAGUAGCUGAUACAUGUAAACUUUUGAUUUAAAAUUCCUAUUGAUCUCUAUUAGCUUUUAAUGUAGGAAACUGUAAUAGUCUAUAUUAUUGAAAUAUGAAUACGUUCAAUAAAAACGUUAAAUUAUUA